CUUUUUUGGUUAUUUAGGAUAUUAAUGAAAAUACAUUGUACAUGAUAAAUUAUGAUAAAACAACAGAUUUUUUUUUAUAAUUUUCAUAAAAUGUUCCCUGCAUUAUUAUUAUGAAAAUGAAAUGACUAUAUUAAAAGACAAUCACUUUACGUCAGUUGUUUCAAUAUGCUUUCACUAGAUAUGUAUUUAGUUGACAACAUUGUUCUAGAAGAUCCAUGCUAAAAUUAGGGUAUUGCAAUUCUAAAGAAAAUCGUCCCCCCCUCCCCUCCGUUUGAUUAUUCCAAAAACUAGGUUGAAUUUAAUGGAUUAUAAUAUUAGAUCACCUUUGUAAACAUUUCUAGAAGUGUUUUACUAUUUUUUUUAGCUUCAGUUUGGUGCACAUUGCACUCCAUUUUUUCUCAAUGCAUAAAGUACUUGCUCGGAAAAAUCUGUUUAUAAAACUUCUACUAGAACCAGGAAAUGAACAUGACGACAGAGUACCUUCCCACAAUAAUGAUGGAGGAAGAAGAGUUUCUUUUAAAAACCACAAUUCCGGCAGAAAUAAACAUAAUCGCCAGAGAGGAUGGGAUACUAAAGUCAGAGCUGCUCUUAUGGAUGAAGACAUUGAAAUGUCAGGAAAUAUGCGUGGAAAUGAAAGAUUUUACCCUGGUCGAGAUUUACUAAGGGUUACUGAAAGAUUUUCAUUUGCGAGGAAUGUAUUGAAGAACAUUAACAAUAAUAGGCGCAGAAAUAAUCAUGAUGAAGGUGGUGGCGGUUGGGGAAGAAAUCCUAAAGUUUUUCAAGAAAGUCCUACGCAAUGGUACAAAAUAAGUAUAAGGAAUGGGCACAAAUACGACAAAGAUUAUUUGCUUAAACUGCUGGCUAGCUUCAUUAAACCUUGUCCUAUGGUUCCUUAUUUGUUUAAAGUGUCAAGAGAUGAAACUUCUUUUAUUGUGGAAGACCACCGUGCUGCCCAAGAAUUAUCACACGCAGAUAGAAAAAUAACGGCUAAUGAUGGAUGGAAGCUGUUUAUCAGGGUCAGACCAGUGACACCACUCGUUGAAGUAGAUACUAAAUUAUCUACCGCAAUCAAAGGUGUCAUGUCUACACGCUAUAAUGCAGAGUUGAAGGCCCUCAAUUUGUCAAAGUUCCACAGCGAUGGGCUGUUCUUAAACCAGGAUAUUUUUGUUCCCCUCAACCGACCUAACAUAAUGAUGGCAGUUCUGGACAUCAUUGGCGAAAUUAUUCCAGACCUCAUCGCUUUAGAUUUAUCUGAUAAUAAGUUAAAUGUUACCGAGCAUAUGAAGCUAAUGGUGGAAAAAUGCCCGAAUGUUAAAAUGCUUCAUUUGGGAAACAAUAAGUUACGGGACAUAAAGCAGUUGGACUCCCUAAAAGGAUUGCCAUUGGAAGAACUGAUUUUGGACGGUAAUAGCCUCUGUGAUAGGUUCAAUGAACAGGAAACGUACAUAAGGGCUGUUCGUCAGAGAUUUCCUAAGGUCGUGAAAUUGGAUGGUUUGGAUCUACCGCCUCCUAUACUGUUUGACGUUGAAGAUGAAGGCCGUCUUCCCAUGUCCAGGCCUAGUUUCUUAGCAUCGGAAGAAGGUGCCAUAGUUGUCCGACAGUUCAUCGAACAGUAUUACUUCCUCUACGAUGCCGAAGGUAGUAGGGAGCCACUUCACCAAGCAUACCAUGAUUCCGCACUGUUUUCAUUGGAUGCCUACGCUCCACCUGGUGAACCCUAUGGGCAGAUGGGUCCUUAUCUUGCUGAAAGUCGCAAUUUAACAAGAGUAUCUAAUUUGGAUAGAAGAGUAAGACUUAUGAAGAAGGGAAAAUUAAGCAUAGUAGAAGCAUUGAAUCACCUACCCAGAACAAAGCAUUAUCCUACUACUUUCCAUAUCGAUCUUGUUAUAUUUACACCGCAACUGAUUCAACUGAAUGUAUGCGGAUUAUUUUCCGAAACAACGAAGAAAACUCCAAUGAAAUACUUCAACCGUGUCUUCCUUAUCGUUCCGGCAGGUUCUGGAUUUUGUAUUAUAAAUGAUCAACUUACUGUCCUUCUUGCUACUUCGGAACAAGUGAAGAAAUACAACAAACUGAAGGCAGAAGCGGCUGCUGCUGCAGCUGCUCAACCUGAGGUUCCACCCGCCAUCGUUCCAGUUCCGGAAGUAGUGCCUGUUAAUGCUGCCAUCCCUGUUGUGGAACCAGAUCUGGCUAUGAAGCAACAGAUGGUUACAACGCUCUCAGCCAACAGUGGUAUGAAUCUCAUCUGGUCCGAGAAAUGCUUGAACGAAACUAAUUGGAACUUCGAACAGGCCAUGUUUGCUUUCAAUAAACUGCAAAAAGCUGGCUCAAUUCCGGCCGAAGCUUUUGUAAAGUGAUAAACUACCAUCCAUCCCCCCCCCCCUCCUCCCAACCGAAAUCAUAUCCUUUAGUGUCCUUUAUUAUUAUUUGUACUUUUGUACUUAUCCUUUCCGGUUCACCCCCAUCCAUUUUCUCAUUGUAUAUAUAUAUAUAUAUUUUUGUCCUUUCUCAUUUUGAUAAACUAGUUAUAGGGAUUUAUUGGUUGUUUUUUUUUUUUAAAUUAUUAUAUUUUACAGCACACAUUUGUUUAAUGUUCUUAGCACAUAUAUAUAUAGGAUAAACUUAAUAUUUCAUGAAACAAUUUUUUUUUUUUUACGAAUACUUGGUAUAAAUAAGCUAUUGUUUCAAUUAUUAACAAAAUUAGUAGUUUGAGGCUGGUUUUACAGCUGAAUAAUGUUUUCGAAUCUAUUGAUUUAUUUUUUUAUAAACAUUUUAGAUAAAUAAGUUCCUAUAUAAAUAUUUCAGAAAUUUUUCUGCUUCAUUAUAUUUUAUGUAUGGAUAAAGUUAAAUCGUCAUUUCUAUAUUGU